UGUUUGCGGCCGCUGCCGUUUGUCCCGGCGGGAGCCGCGGGAGGGGACGGGCGCGAGCGGCGGCCGCGCUGAGGAGCCACCGGCGGGACUUGAAAGACUUGGCUGCUGUUACCAAGACAACCCCUGAAACAUGGUGGAUUACUAUGAAGUUCUGGGAGUGCAGAAACAUGCCUCAGCAGAGGAUAUCAAAAAAGCGUACCGUAAAUUGGCACUAAAAUGGCACCCCGAUAAAAAUCCAGACAAUAAAGAUGAGGCGGAACGGCAAUUUAAGCAAGUAGCUGAGGCCUAUGAAGUCUUAUCAGAUGCUAAAAAACGUGACAUCUAUGACAGAUAUGGAAAAGAAGGCCUAAUAAAUGGAGGUGGAGGUGGAAAUCAUCAUGAUAAUCCAUUUGAUUUUGGAUUUACAUUCCGCAACCCAGAUGAUGUCUUCAGGGAGUUUUUUGGCGGACGGGACCCCUUUUCAUUUGACUUCUUUGAAGACCCUUUCGAGGACUUCUUUGGAGGCAGGCGGGGUCCAAGGGGAAGCAGAAACAGAGGCGGUGGAGGAUCAUUUUUCUCUGCCUUUGGUGGAUUCCCUGCUUUUGGAAGUGGUUUCUCUCCAUUUGACGCAGGUUUUACUUCAUUUGGCUCACUGGGACAUGGAGGCCUUACUUCAUCGUUCUCCUCUACGUCAUUUGGUGGCAGUGGGAUGGGAAACUUCAAAUCAGUAUCAACCUCAACUAAAAUAGUUAAUGGCAGAAAAAUUACUACAAAGAGAAUUUUUGAGAAUGGACAAGAGAGAGUAGAAGUUGAAGAAGAUGGCCAGUUAAGGUCGCUAACAAUAAAUGGUAAGGAGCAGCUGCUACGCUUGGAUAACAAGUAAUUCAACGCACGCAUUUAACAGAAAUUUUAAGCUAUAACAGCCACCAUUUGAGGAUUGACAGGAACAUUUUUUGAAGAUUUCAAACGAAUUCAACUUUCUGUAUAUCCGUAUUCAAUCUUAAGUAGUAUAAGUAGCUCACAGAAGCUCAUAUUUGUCAUAGACUUUUGAGUUAAUUGUUGGGACCACAUCAAUUGGACCAUUUUUUUGUCCUUAAAAUUGUUGUAAACUUCUGUAUGCACUUUUCUUUUCUUAUCUGUGAUCAAGGUGAACCAUGAUCCUUCAGUAGUGCUAGGGCAAGAUGUACACUAACACUAGCAUGAAUCUUGCUUUUUCCAAUUUGAAAUGUGAGCCAAUUAGUAGUUCAAGUCUGCUGUGAAGUUAACAGUUCCAGGAUAACCUUUUUAAUAAUUUCAACUUUUAUUUUUUUUUUUUUUUUUAAUGUUUAGUAGUGAACAAUGUUAAUACAUUUCUGGUAAUGCAUUUCUGGUUUAAAUAAAUUAAGGAUGUUUUCUAGUUGUGCAUGAAUGCAGACAACUUUAGUAAGUUUUGACAAAUGUUUAACUGUGUAAUGUAAGCAAAAGGUAAACAAAAGUGAAGCCAGUGAGCUGAGUCUUUUGUCAUUUGCUAAAAAAAAAAAAAAAAUCAAAAUGAAUAAAUGCUGAUGUUUGUGGUGCAUUCUUUCAUGAAUGGCAUUUGUAACCUUCCUGUGUCUGUGUGUGAUUUGGGCAACUUGGGAAAACGGUGCUUUUUUUUUUUUUUUUUCUCCUUACCAUCUUUUUCUUCAGUCUUAAGGAUGAGGGCCUUUUUUCUUCGCAGAUGUUUUCUUCAGUGUGACUGAAAACAUGGUUUUUAAUUUCAUUUCUAAACCUGUAUUUGAAGCACCUAUUUUUAAGAAGCAUUCAGAGGCUGACUCUCUAACUCCAUCUUUUGCCCUAAUAUGUAAUUAUUUUAGGUCUAGCCCUAAAGCAACUCUAUUUUAAAAAAGCUUUCUGAAGUUGUUCUGAGAUUUGCUUCAAAAAAUAAUUGGUAGUAAAUAUAAAUAUAAAUUUGAUAAAUUUAUUUAUUUAACAUUUAAUAAUUACAAAAAUGCUUUGAGAAUUAUGAGAUUUUUUUUGCUGUUUUGAAAACAAAUAGUAAUUGUUUUGAAGAUUUGGACACAAUUAUUAGGAUUAUGAUAUCUCCUAUCUAUAUGAUAGGAUUAUUUUUAGUCCUCAACCAAAAAUCAGAAGAUGGAUUAAUGCCCUUUGUUAAAUUAAUGGAGUGAAGUAAAGUGUUUUUAUUUUUAGCUAAGACCAGAUUUUCAAAGUUUAGUGAAAGAUGAUUUGGUUUUGAUGUGAGAAAGCACGCAGAUAACUAAUGGUGUAUAACACCUGCCAGGUUCUGGAUAGUUCCAUGCAGAGAUCAUGGAUGUGGAGUUUUCAUCUGUGCACCAGCUUUGAACAUCUGGCCUUCACAAAACUUCAGGGUGGCUUAGCGUGUUUUUUUUUUUUUUUAAAAAAAAAAAAAAAAAAAAAAAAAAAAAAAGCAUGGUGUUUUCAAAUGAUCACAUAAUGCCUUCCUGCUGAACACCAUCUGCUUUGUACUAACAAAUGUGUUGAUUAUUAAAUACAUUGAAGAGAUAUGCUCUUGUUUUUCAUGCAGGAGAAGCAUUUCAGUUUAAGCCAAAACAAGCUAACAAACUGCUACAACAGAAUUUUUAUUUGCAGUAAAGUUAGUAUAUUGUACUUUUGUCCCUCUACCAUUAAUGCUAAUUUGAUAGAACUGAAAAAAAUAACAUGUAGAAGAAAAAAUAAAUAUGUACUUUGGUUUUGGGACUAAGCAGUUAUAUACCUUUUCAAGUUCUUUGCAGAGUUCCUGUCACUUCAGUGUUGUGUUUUUGAUGUAGAAGCACAAACUUAGUUUAGAACUAAACAGUGUUUUCUUGUUAAUGCUGUUUUUUCCCUCCCCAUGUAUGUUACUUCUUGAUCCAGAUAACUAAACGUGAAAUUUAUUUCAAAAUUUGGCUUUGUUGUGAUGUCUUGAGUUAUUAAAAAUGUUAAUUUAUAUUUAUAGGAUGCAGUGUGCUCCUUUAAAUUAUGUAAAUUGUAAAAAAUGCUUUAAAAUUGAUUAACCAAGUCAAAUAAAAUUAGGACAAUCUGGA